CUCCUAGCUGACGAGUGACGAGGCCAGGCCACACAGCCCCGCCCUCGAACAGAGCAAGCCCCUGCACAUGAAGGUCCUACGGCUCCUCGCGGCGCGGCGGUUCCGGCGACGCGCGGUGUCCACGAUCACGGCGACGGCGCCUGCCACGCCGUGCGGCGGGUACGGGGAGGACGAGGGCCCGUUCUUUGACCUCGACCUGUCGUGCUGCUCGGCCUCGGCCCCCGUGUCUAGCGCCGAGUCGGGGUCUGAGUCGGAGGACUACUCGUCGUGCGCCGGCGAGUUCGACGACUUCGUCAUCUCGCUGCAGCGGAGCCGCUCCGCGUCCCCGUCCUACGAGCGGGUGUUCUACGUGCGCGGCGGAGGGUGGUCGGCGGCGGCGGCGUCAGUGGCCCCCGCGCACCUCAAGUUCUGCGCGUCCGAGCCGAGCGACGCCGCCUCGCGGUUCGGCUACGGCAGGCGCGGGAGGCUGCGCACGCUCAGCUUCGGGUCCGCCAAGGCCGCGUUCUACGGCGGCCGCGCCAGCUUCUCCAGGAGCUCAAACAGCUCGCGUUCGGCCAGGCUAUUCGCCACGUUCAGCUACGGGUCGCCGGACCAGGAGGAGGCCAGCAAGAGGACACCCUCCCGCGACGUGAUCAGGCGGUACCUCAGCAAGAUCUCGAGGCACCUGCGCCGGGUAGCCCCCGGCGCCUCCGCCACCGCAGCCGAUCUCCGGCUACGAAAGAGCCGCUCGGCGUCCGCAGCGCAGACGGCGGCGGCGUCCCAGUCGCCGCCAUCUCGGCGCGACGACUCGCUCCUCGAGCAGCAGGACGGCAUCGCGAGCGCCAUCGCUCACUGCAAGGAGUCUCUCCACCGUGCGUCGGUGUCAGAGUGCGACUUGUCGUUGCCGCGUUCACGGAGUGAUCCAGGAAGCUAGCGACCAUUCGGCAUCGAAUUCUCGACGAACCAGAGGCCUCCGAAGCUUCGCGCUGAAUUUCGCCGAGGAAGCGAGAGGAGAAAAAAGACGAGGGAACCUUCAAGUACGAAUUGUUUGUUAAAAGCCUCAAUAGGAGAACACAUGGUGGUUCAGCGAGCGAGAGAGAAUUCUCUUUUGUUAACCUUUCUUCUUUUGUGUGUGUGUGUGAAUGAGUGAGUUGAGUUCGUUCUUUUGUGUAGUUUUGUAGACGCGGGGAAAAGAGCUCCUUUUAGGCUCCUUUAGCCACUCCCCCCCCCCCCCCCCCC